AUGCAGACCCCCAAGCCCACGCCGACCCCCAGGGCUGCUCCGGCUCCCAAAGCCACUACCAAGCGCAGAGCGGAAGAAGACUACGUUGAAGUUGUUGGAGAAAGGAUAAUUAAAAGGCGCUUCGAACCAGUUGCCAAGAUCUUAACUGAGAAGGAAGAACUGGACUCUCCUUAUCAGAUUUCCGUCAGAGUACAUCCAGACCUCGAAAGAUUCCCUGGCGCACUACGCAAUGCCCUCCAAAAAGCUUGCCAGACAGCGUUCUACACGCACAUAUCAACACUCCAGGCUGGUAGUUUACCCGAGUAUCGUCAGACUUAUAGCAUCAUAUAUGGUACACGCGUCCGCUCUGAGUCGAUCACCUUCAACAACGAAACCGAACAUUCGAAUAUCCUGGAUCUCAGCAUAGCCAACAUCACCCUAUUGAAGUUCUUCGCCGAGCGCCACAGCACCAUGCUAGAGAAACGGUCAUUCCAAGAGCAGAAACAUAUGGGACUCACCAACCCAAAGUUCCUAGAGCUUUACAGCGUAAGAAGGGGCGAUCUGGGUUGGGGUCUGGACGCAGAUGGGUGCCUAUCUAUCUACGCAUCUUCGCUAGUCGAAAAAAAGACGAAGGAGCAUGUUUGGUACGUCCAGGCUGACGAUUCUCUAGUGCUCAAGGGCGAGAACUGA